GAUCGGGGAGGGGGAAAUGGGAUCGAUGUUAUUCACGAUUCACGAUUGUUUGUGUCGUGUGCCAGCGCUCGAGUAAAGCUGUAGGGCUGUAGGGCGCAGUCAGAGCGUGCCUUUUGAGCCACAAUUGCUUAGCGGUGAAGUCAGAGUCACGAGUGCAGGUGCACGUUAGCCAAACUUCAAGGGCGCGCGCGCCUUGGGUGAUCCUUCGCCUCCUCCUCCUCCUCCUCCUCCUCCUCCUCCUCCUCCUCCCGCACGCAAGCCAAGCAUCCACCCCGCUCACAACAAGGAAGUGUCUGCCGCCUGAAAAGAAUCGUACCGCUCGCACUCGCAACCCCGACCCGGUGAUGAGCGAUCAGAUGGUCUCCAACACCAACACUGCGCAAGCUCAUCCUUCGACAUCCACAUCCACAGCAGCGGAGAGCAUGUCCAGCACCACCACCCGACUCUCCUCCCCUCACGCCACGCUACGAACCUUUUCGGCGCCUUUUAGCAGGUUCGGCAUCAUUCCUGUGGGGGGUAGGAGCACGGCUGCUAGGUUGAGCGAUGGAGGCGUUUGGGUAUUGGCUAGUACGCCUUUGGACGAUGUUACGAAGCGAGGAAUAGAGGAGCUUGGGAAUGAGGUCAAAUAUAUCAUCGCGCCUGAUGUGGUGCAUCAUCUGUACAUCAAGGAUUUCGCAAUGGCUUAUCCAGGAGCCAAAGUGAUCGGAGUGGAUGGAUUGGAGAAGAAGAGGACGGAUGUGAAGUGGGAUGGAUUGUACGGCAAGGAUGCACCAGACACAAGGUACGGUUUCGAGGAUGACAUCUCUGCCAGGUAUUUCAGCACUUUUGCCAACAAGGAUGUAGCCUUUUGUCAUCACGAGUCCAAGUCUCUCAUCACUGCGGAUCUCAUCUUCAAUCUCCCGUGCAACGAGCAGUACUCCAACACCUCAUCAGGUCGCCCAACCUCUUUGAUCCCAUUCCUCUCCUUCUUUUCAAAAUACAUGGUCCCUUCUUCCUCCUUUCACCAAUCCUUCUUGUGGUCAGCAGGAGCAGCGUCAGGCCAAGGCUCCACGUCGGAUAGGAGGAGACAAUUCGCAAAGGACGCUCAAGCUGUGAGCACGUGGGAGUUUGAGAGGAUCAUCAUGUGCCAUGGAGAUGUGCUGGAGGGAAGGGAAAAGGCAAAGAAAGCUUGGAGAGAAGCU